AAAGGUACAGAAUCUCGUAGUUCCGAGAAGCACACAAGUUAGUUCCAAUCUUAUCCAUGGGAGGACGACAAAUUCCGCUUAUUAAUAAUACUAAUUACAGGUUAACGUGGAGACCUGUAAAGUGGAGAGGUUUAAGGUAUGUUGAGCCCGCUGUCAUAUUGGAGAAUCGGGACACAUUGAUUUCAACGAUAUUGGAGUUUGCUAGGAGCAUGAAGGAUUGUCCAUCUUUGCCUCCUGAUAAAGAAUGGUUGAUGACUUUGGAGUUUAGCAAGGUUGCUUAUCUCCCCGAUGUGGAAUUCACAGAGAUGGUUAACAAGGUGGGAAUAUCCUAUAAUUUUGACAUGUGGAUAAGGACUCAAAGAGAGUUGGAUUCACGGAUUGUUGCUAUUCUAGAUUUGCACAAGGAAGUAGGUAUCAAGAAGGUGAUAUUUGAAGUUGGUGCAUCUAACCAUUCUAAUUUCUUGGACAUGUGUUCUAUUUGCAGAGAAGAAUUUUCGGCAGGUUCUAUCGUUUCUUGCCUCACUCAUUGUUGCCAUGUUUACCAUGAAUUUUGUAUUCUAGAAUGGCUUUUAAGAAAUCGGUCUUGUCCCUAUUGUCGAUCCGAGUUGGCAAAGAAAGUAUAGUACUAUAUAGGUUAAAAAGUAAGUAGUUAUGUAAAUUUGUUUUUAUGACUUCAGAGUUUUUACUAUUGUACGAGUAUUAAUGUUUCUUUAACUAAUUGGCGAGCACUUGAUAUUA